CCACUCCGCAGUCCCGUCACAUGGUCGUACUAAUUAUACCGUAUACCAUCUAAGUAUUAACUGCGGUCGGAUAAGAGAGACCGUGUAUUGCCUACUUAACUUUAACACAAGCACACUUCAGAUUCAUUCAUGCUGUAAAACAAUCGAAAAUCAACGUUAAUAAUUAUUACUGCAUCUUGAACAAUUUAGUUUUCAUACUCACUUUUGCCGACGGGCAAAUCGCUGUGCGGAUUGUAGUAUAGCUUAGGUUAGUUGGUAAACUUUCUACGCUACGCUAACUCACAUUUUGUUAAAAUAGUAAAGAGCUAUUUUACUAAUGAGGGCAGUGCGAAUACAAAACCAUGAAUUUCCAGUGCAAGAAAGAAUGGAAGAUUUCUUGCCUCUAUGUAGUAGCCUAGAGCGUGAACAAUAUACAUUACAACGACUUAACUCCGCCGGCGAGGAGAUGGAAACCAAUAUGGAAGACUUUAAAAACUUGAGUCCAUCUUCGAGUGUAUGGGACCUAGACUCUAUGGACGAUGAAAUGUAUUUAGAGUAUCUCUUUUCACAAGGCCUGGCAGACUCUAUUGAAAAGCCAAGUAGCGUUAAUCCAGUGUUUGUGAAUAAAAACAAUGAAAAAGUGACGUCAUUUUGUGACAGCUAUUGCAAUAGUUUACUCGCUGAUUUGCCAAAAGAAACUUCGAGUAGUGACUCCGAUUCCGACUCGAGUGAUGUUUUCCCGACUGAAAGUCAAGACUUCGUUGUGCUGGGUGUCGGUCUUCAAAGUUUAAUGCAUACGUAUGCAGCGAAGGCAACCACUCAGAAUUCGCAAAAUCCGCAGGAUCUUAUGAUUGACCAGUUUCCCCGUCCCCCGCAGAUUGUCCUGCCACGUGCUCAAAUCCAUCCCCAAUAUACUCUUACCAAUGCCAACUCAUUGUUAACUCAAACAUCUUUUUUAAAUGCUGUUAAAGUUCGAACUAUGAAAACCCAAGUGUCGCGUAGCAGCAACAGUUGCGCCAAGCCGACAGCAGACGACAAAAUAUUUCACUGCACGUACGCCGGAUGUGCCAAAGUUUACAGCAAAUCAUCGCAUCUAAAAGCCCAUCUACGACGUCAUACUGGAGAGAAACCGUUCAGCUGCACGUGGCCCGGAUGUGGAUGGCGGUUCUCGCGUUCUGACGAGCUCGCGCGGCACAAACGGUCUCAUUCUGGCAUUAAACCUUACCAAUGUAAAAUUUGCGAAAAGAAAUUUUCAAGGUCCGACCAUUUAUCAAAACAUCUUAAAGUUCAUAGAAAACGUAACGGUUCAUAGGAAAUAUCAUAUUUUAACAUAAUGAACAUUUAAUAAAUUUUUAUUCAUUUCGACAUUCCAAUAAAAAAAAGCUCCAAGCGCCCGUAUGUAAUAGAAUUGCAAAUAAAACUGCAUUGAAAUAACAACAGAAUCGCUUGUAGAAUAAGAAAUUAGAUUUCAAAAUACGAGGCCUUUUCAAUGCGAACAAUUUAAUAUACAUUUGUUUAAACUAUUUACAUUUACAUACAAUAUGAAGAUGGAUACAAAAAAGUAAUUAAUAAUUGAAGUUCAUGUGUAUAAUUAAAGGUUAUUCACACUGACAAAAUUUCCAUGCGGUUGUGCUCUUCUGAAUUUAAAUUGCCUAGCAUGAUUUGAAUAGGGUUUCAUUACUAUUCCACAAGCAAAAAAGUUAAUUUUCAAGAUACGUUUAUAUUCUUUAAGCAUAUGUGUCACGUACCAUUUCCGAGCCUUCAUGAAUUGGAUCAAUUUUCUUGACUAGCCAUAAUCGUAUUUAGGUUGCAAAUUACAACGCGUAAAGGAAUGCCUAAUUUAAUUAAACCGAAUCUAUGCCAAUGAUUUCGGUCAGCGCUGGACAAACAUCGGAGUGUUGGUCAAGGUUAAUUUCAGCAAGCAUAAUUGAGUAUAGCUCAAAUAUCACAACACAAUUAAGGGCAGCAAUAGUGUAUAUAUGUGUUUGAAAGUGCCAGUGUGUGAUGUACGUAGCAAAGCAGGCUCACUUUAAGUGAAUGUUGACUCUGAACGCUGAUUAAGUACAUACAAGGACCUAUUUCCUCUUCCUUUUAACGUCAGCUACUAUUACGGCUCUUUUUGUUGUUGACGAUGUUAAUGCGCAUUGUGUAUUUUGCAUUUGUAUCAGAACUAAUUAAUUGUGCUUUAAAUGUUGUGUUAAUGAUGCCAUUAAAAUGGAAUUUUAAGAGCAGACAUGCACACUUCGAAGACACUUUUGUUCAAGGUCAAAAAUCUUGAAAUUAGACGUCAAUCUAACAGUUCAGCAUUUGAAUGCUAAUUCAAGUCUCGGACAAUGGGCGCAUACGUUCUCAACAAUUCUUAUCUUCUAUAACACCUACACGUAUAUUAAAUUUCAGUCACGUGAUAUCUUGCAAAUGAUAUGUAAAAAGGCAGUGAUAGGGCCUAUGAGACUUGACUAAACAAUCGGUCUGUUCAUUUAUUUCUGUAUGUGUUUAAUUGCACUUUACCAGUAAAGUAUAUUGAAAGAACAGAAUGCGCUGCCAAAAUUAUAAAAUAAUAUAUUGUGUUAAAAUACUCAUAUUUUAAAUGCUGGUCAUUAUUUUUGAUAAAAUGUUUGUAUUUUAUUUCAGGAGUAUAUUCUAUGUCUUAAAACAUGUUUAUUGUGUUGUUAAGUGAAUUUUUAACAAAUGGUUAUAUAUGUACUAAGUUGUGAACAUUCAUUCCGUGACAAACUAGAUAUAUUUCUAUGACACCUAUUGAAAAUUGCACAUGUAGAAAUAAAGAGUAUUUCUACACUAA